AUGAAGCUCUCACACCUCCUCACCUCCGCCGUGAGCGUCCUCUCCCUCGGCCUCACAGUCGAAGGCCACUUCUCACGCUCUCGAAAUGAUGCCGUAGGCCCCAAGCGGCCUUUCAAGCCUCUCCCCUACAGCCACCCACGCAAGAAAGUCUGCCAUGUGCGCUCCCAUGGCGACGGCCGCGACGACUCGGCGUUCAUCCUCUCCGCCUUGAAGAGCUGCAAUAACGGCGGAAAGGUCGUCUUCGCCGAAGAGAAGGAGUAUACCAUCGGCACGGCUCUAGAUCUGACGUUCCUGAAGCAUGUUGAUCUUGAAAUCCUCGGCCGCAUUCAGUUCACAAACGACACGGAUUACUGGCAAGCCAACUCUUUCAAACACACGUUCCAGAACGCAACGACCUUCUUCCAGCUUGGCGGCGAAGACGUGAACGUCUAUGGCGGGGGCACUCUCGACGGCAAUGGCCAAAUCUGGUACGACCUGUACGCUGAGGACCCGCUUAUCCUGCGCCCUAUUUUGUUUGGAGUGAUCGGCCUGCACGGCGGGACAAUUGGGCCGCUGAAGUUGCGCUACUCGCCGCAGUGGUACCAGCUUGUUGCGAACAGCUCGGAUGUGCUCUUCGACGGCAUCGACAUUUCCGGGUACAGCAAAAGCGAGAACGAGGCGAAGAACACGGAUGGGUGGGAUACGUACCGGUCUAAGAAUAUUGUUAUUCAGAAUUCGGUUAUCAACAAUGGGGAUGACUGCGUCUCCUUCAAACCGAACAGUACCGAAAUACUUGUCCAGAACCUGUACUGCAAUGGCUCGCACGGUAUCUCCGUUGGUUCGCUAGGUCAAUACAUUGGCGAGGUUGAUAUCGUCAAGAACGUGCUCGUCUAUAACAUCUCUAUGUAUAAUGCUUCUGAUAUGGCUCGCAUCAAGGUCUGGCCGGGCGUCGCAUCCGCCAUGUCCGAGGACCUUCAGGGCGGAGGCGGUCUCGGAUCAGUCUCAAAUAUCACCUACGAGGACAUGUACAUUGAGAACGUCGACUGGGCGAUUGAAAUCACACAGUGCUAUGGCCAAAAGAACAUGACCUUGUGCAACGAGUACCCGAGUAACCUGACCAUCUCUGACGUCUACAUUUCCAAUAUGUACGGAACGACAUCGUCAGCGCGGGAUCCGAACAUCGGCACAAUUGUUUGCUCGAGUCCGGAUGUUUGCUCCAAUAUCUAUGUUGAGAAUAUUGAUGUUGUCAGCCCGAGCGGUACAAAUGACUUUAUUUGCACGAAUGUCAACGAGAGUCUCCUGCAGGUUAACUGUACCUCUGGCUAG